AUGGACGGCAGAGGACCACCACACCAGAGAUUCGAGCUCGGGCCAGAAAUCAUCGGUCUAUUGGGUGUUUUCGCUGGAGUCAUAGUUGUUGCCACAUACCAAUGCCUUGUCAACAACUGUUGUUGCAGCCAAAGGCGCAUACAAAAUGCAAACACACAACAACAACAACAACAAAAUGAACAACAAAGGCAGGGGAUUCAAAUCAACCCAAAUAUUCAUAGGCCUCCUACAAGCAAUAAUCCUCCACCUGCUCAUUUGAUCCCAAUUUUCAAAUACACCAAAGAAUGCAAGGAGGGAAUUUGUGCUGUGUGCUUGUGUGAGUUCAGAGAUGGUGAGACAAUUCGUGUGCUGCCUGAAUGCAUGCACUUGUUUCAUGCGGGUUGUAUUGACAUGUGGUUGAACUCCCACUCUAAUUGCCCACUUUGUCGUACGGAUAUUGUGCCUCCGCGACAUGUCGUUUUGUCGAUGCCGCCCCCUCAACAUGUCGUUUUGUCGAUGCCGCAUUUUAGUGGGGGAGACAUUUAG